AGAGGAAUUUCAAGAUGGCCGGAGUUGAGUGAAACACAACAUCACAUUGUUGUAGCAAGGAUAACCGGCCAAAGCGGGCACAAUCUUAGACAAGAAGACGUUUGGAUGGAGAAAGGGGAAGAGGAGAGGAGAGGUUUUAUUAGGAUUUGACAGCAUCUAUUCAUUGUCUUCCAUCAUCCAUUUUUCUUCCAGAAUCGUGGGGUUUGAAGAGGGAUAACCAUCAGCUGCUUAUUCAUUCACAGCGAUCGCAUUGAUGCAUUUUGUGAAUGGUGCAUUGAGUUUGCGAUUGUGUGUGUGUGUACUUGUAUGUGUGUGUCCUAGGCGGUACGAACAAAGCCCAUUGUUUGGCCAUUGUUACCCGCUUUUGUCUGACCUAUAGUUGAUAUUCCCGGAGGCUAAGGGAUACAUGGACAGUCUGUUUCCAGAAAGUAAAGCCUCGGGAGAGCUUCCAGAAGGAGAAAGACUGAAAUCAGGACUAAAUAUUCGAUUUGACUCUGUCAUCAUUAUCAUCAUCAUCGCUGGAAUCACUGCUGAGGAUCGAGAGCCGAGGGCACGCUGAAGGAACAUCCCGGUGAGAGGUCCUGUGGUACGGGGGGUUGAUUGAUGAGGACACUUGAGGUUCAAAUCUCUUGAUGAAGCUGUUUGGAUGAGGUCCAUAUUAUCCAGUGCUGGCCUAUGGUGUGAAGAGAAAGAAUCUGGCUGUAACACUCAUGUGCUAACCUGGCUCAUCAUCGAGUAUCCAGAAUCACUCUCUGCGCGUAGAUGUCUGCCUUGGUAGCUUGUCUGAUCUACUCCAUUCCCAACAAAUGCAGAGUUAACUUAUGUUCUGAAUAACUGAUAAAACAUAAGGGCCAGUACUGCGAAGUGAAAAGGACAUUGAACGAAAGAUGGGUUCAGAGAUGAGAGAUAGUGUUGUGACAGCAGCAAGUCCAGUCCACAUCAAGAAGGAGCCCUGUGACCCUUCAGAGGAAGCUAUGGACUGCGAGGAAGGUCAAAGGUUAAAGAUUGUUGAAGAUGGACAGAGAGAGGAGAAAGAAGAUGAGGGGAGCCAAAGGUCACCAAGGGUCGGUGUCUUAGACCUUGCUGAACGUAAACCAGAGCAGAUGAUAACGCUGAAGCAGCAUCUCAUGAUAGGACGGACGGCUCUACAUCGGGAAAGCGCCCUGGAAGAGGUCGCGCAGAGGUCAGGGAGCAAGUCAGGGUCAUGUGGUGAUGACACGCAGAGCAGGGAAGACGCAAUGAGGGAUGACCUGAAUGAGCGAUUACAGCAGGAAGCAACGCACAAUGGCCACGCUGAGGAUGAGGAAGUGGGGAGGACAAGUCGGGAACAGGACCUGGAAGACACUCUGGCAGUCAAGGACCAGAAGCUGGAGCAGUUGGUAGGCCAGUUGGGAACUUUAAGGGAACAACUCUUAGCACAGCAAGCAGAGGCAGCGGCGCUUCAACGCAGUCAGGUCCAGAGACAACAACGACAGAUGGAACUUCAGCGUAUGCAGCAAGACAUGUUACAACGACAACAGCAGCAACUCAUGGAACAACACCACAAAAUUAACAUUCUCAUGCAGGCUUUACAGCAGCAGCAGCAGCAGCAGCCUGCUUCCCCUUCCCCCUCGUCAGCCGCAGCAGCAGCAGCUGCAGCUGGUGGCGGCUUUGUUCGUCUCAUCCCAGUCUACCCUACAGACUACGUCAGACCACCUGCCCCAAUCCUUGUCACUAGCCCCAACGGUCACAACGCUGCGUUGGGCCUUGCAUCUCAAGCCAAUGGCAAACAGAUCCCUUCACCGACUACCCCUCUGGGCCAGGCUAAACUUGCCACGUCACCCGUCGGCUCAGGGCACAUCCCUGCUGUCUCACCAAUGACAGGUAGCCCUAAAGGUCUCCUGACGAUACCACAUGCUUCCUUCCCUCCGACCGGCUUCCCGACCAUGCCACGAGGGAGCCCUACCGGUAUGCAGGCCUACCACGAGAUGACGCCAGACCAACCUCUUAAUCUGUCGCAGAAAGGAUCAUCAUCGGAUUCUUAUAGGUCUGAUGGGUCUCCCAUUGGCUCACCACUUACACCACCACCAACUCAGGUUUGCGUGAGGUCACGCCCAGUCACGAUAACGGAACCGCUGAAGCGAAGUCAGUCGUUAUCACCGAAAGCCAGCUACCAGAAGUAUGCUACUCACGAAGCAGAGAUAGUCAGCAAUGCAUCCUCUCAUACUCACGUAGAACUGACAAGACCCUCAGUUCAUCUUCCUUUACUGAGCCUAAGACGUGCAGAGGAGUCAUUGGGCAUGCUGCAAUUUGCUGGUUCUCUGGCCGAUGCUCUACAACGUGUCAAUGCAGAUGCUCACUACGGAGAUAGAUCACCAUCAGACAAGGAACAGAUAGCACUUGAUACGCUCACCAACCAACUACCAAUCAGAUCCUUCUCUGCUAGUGACAUCACAAUGGGAAAUAUAAGUGGCAGUGACGAUGAAGAUAUGCUAAGCAGGAAAGGAAUUGUGAUUGAUCUGACUGAAGAAGAUGAAAGACCCAAGAUAGAUAUCCAGGUUGAUCAUGCGGGUACAAUAGCUCGUAUGUAUCGUGAUUCUCGUAAGGCCGAAGCCAGCAAGCCUCACAUCAAGCGGCCUAUGAAUGCAUUCAUGGUUUGGGCGAAGGAGGAGAGGAGAAAGAUCUUAGCCAGACAUCCUGAUAUGCAUAACUCCAACAUCAGCAAGAUACUGGGUUCCAAAUGGAAGACUAUGUCCAAUGCUGAGAAGCAACCCUACUACGAGGAACAAGCCCGACUUAGCAAAGCUCAUCUCGAGAAGUAUCCGGACUACAAGUACAAGCCGCGCCCUAAGCGAACGUGCAUCAUCGACGGCAAGAAGCUUAAGAUCGGCGAGUACAAGGCUCUCAUGCGAGCCAAGCGUCAAGAAGUUAGACAUGUAUAUUACACACGCGACGGUGAGCAUAUGAUAAGAGCACCCUCUAUGGCAACGACACUCAACACGCCUACGUUUCCAUUGUUAGACUCGUCGGGUGGGUACACUCUAGCUGGUAUCAGACCUCCUACCCUGCCUACCAUGGUCGAUAGCGCGUCAUACGAAUCGGAAAAUGGAAUCGCAUGAGAGUGAUAGCGCCCUCGCGUCUUAUUUCUGUACAUCAAAACGGUUUUGUUGUAAAAUGUAUGAUUUCUUAAUACUUGCGUUAAGCUUUAUCAAAUGCUGACUUUUCGUGACGAUAGACUGCAACGCUCGCUGCGAAUUUUCCAUGAAUAUAUGCAUACUGUCUAACAUUUCAGGUGUAUUUUAGAUCGGAAAGGAAAAUGUGCUGCUAAUUGAACCUGGAUGGGUUGUGUCGGUCACCCUUGUGGAUGUUAUAAAUGGAAUAUGUAAUGACAUUUAUGUAAUGACGUGUAUACUUGUAUAGAAUUGUUGGAUUGUGGUAUAUGGGUAUUAUGUGAGAAAGGUUGGGAGUGUUCAGCAGCUUGCAGUCUAUCGUUGCAUUAUAUUACGUUUUGAAUUACCAUACCCACCUUACAAGCAUUGUCAAACAACGCCUGACCGGAACGCAUAGAAUGCGUUCAAACAUAGACUAUUUAUGAGAGAUAGAAGAAGAAGUAUUUAUUUCAUGCAGCUAUUUUUUUGAGAUAUUUAUCUGAAUUGUUAUCUAGCCGGUGCAUGUCAAAUAUAAGGAAAGUAUUUUGAAACCAGUGCUACCCUUAAGAUUGCAGAAUACUGUGAUCUGUCGGAUAGAUACAUUUCAAAUCAUUAAACUUUUGUUUGCUGACUGGUCAUUUGCAGUAAUAUUAUUACUCAUCUGUAGAACGUUUUCAAAAUUGUUAUUUUUCUUUCUUAUAAUUGACUUGAACUACGCAAUAGUUCUCUUAUGAUACUGGAACAGGACUUCCUUAUAAAUGUAUGUAUGUUUGUAUUAUUGUAUAUAAAUGUAGUUGUGAAUGCUCAAAUUUUUCUUUGGGUUGUGUUUGUACAAAAAUGAUAAAAUACAAUCGAGAAAAAAAAAAAGACAAAAAUGUGGAGCAACUUUGACAAAAAAAGGUAAGCCGUGCAAGAGUUACGUUUGCAACUGAAUCAACGAAACUAAACUGAUUAGAUGUAAGAUUAAGAUAAUGAGGAUAACGAAGGAAGUCUAAUUAAUAAUGAGAGUUUUUUGUACCAUACCUCAUACUAAUUGCUUCAUGUGGUUUUAACAGUGUGAUGUUUUGUGACUUUUGCAUGGUGUACGCAUAUUAUAUCGUGUGAUUGGACGUGGUCAUUAGAUUUAGAUGUCUAAUGACUGGAUAGUAGAAAUGCAUAUUCGUGAUCAUGCUAGUGGUAGACAGAGAAUGUGGACUAAACACAAAUUAUAAGCAAGCAUCAUGAUAUUAGAAGCAUAUAUAUAUAUAUAAAUAUAUCUAUCAUGGGUGGACACUGUGACAAUUGUCUUAGUAUUGAUGAAUAUGUAUGAGCUAGAAUGUGACGAAUCAUGGAUGGCCGGUGUAUUAGAAAUCAUGAAUUAUGCAUUAGUUUUCAUGAAUUAUGCAUGAUGCCUAUGACCAUGCUUUUUGUGUACUGGAAACCACAAUCUUUUUUACCCUUUGUGUAGCUCUUAAUAGUUGGGUGACGCUUUGCUCUCAAACAUUAUAGUUUCCAUGUUGAGAAAAUUGAACUUUUUAUGCUCUAUCGUUCACCUUGAUUCUUUAGUAUAAGUUUGUGACUCUGUAAAUAUAGUAUUUACCAUUUUUUAUAGUACACUGUUUAGGUUAUACUUGGUAUUUCAUAUAAUUUAUAUUUACACACAAAAUUGCCCUGCUUUAGCAUUAGAACGCAAACCCUGUUAUUUCUUCUGCUGUACUGUUACAUAUCUGUAUUUUUAUGCGGCUCUGUAACAUAGUCCCAUAGCUUCAUUUUGGUGUUGUUUUUAUUUGUCCUCUCCUAAUCUUGCCUGCUCUCGCUUGCAGUAUUUUAUAUGUAUUCACCCGUGAUGGUAUUCAGUUCUGUUGACCCAUUUUUUUUCAUUUUCAUUGCCAAAUUUGCAUUUUUUUGUGCCCCCUAAAUGCCAUCGCCAUAAUAUUUUCUUUGAAAACUAUCGGUUGAUAUAGCCCUUACUUUUUCUAAUCAUUUGUAUACAAAGUUUUUUUCCCAAAGAUGUUUUUAUGUAAAUUUCCUCUUCCUUUUGAAAAGUGCAAAAAGACUUUUUUAGAGAGUAAAUUAAGCACUUGAAACAAUUUUGUUUACUCCCCCUCAGUUUGGCAAUAUAACAUCUCAUGUGUGAAUGUGUCGAUAUCCGUAAGGUGUUAAACAAUGUGCUAUUGUCUCUUGAAAUCUGUGGAAAAACUGUAUUGUCAAAAUAAUAAUCUUGCAUCGAAUAACUUAUGUGUAUGUAAUAUACUGACAGAUGACAUAAUGCAAAUAAACUUAGUCUGUGGUAGUGAAUGUAUUGUAAUCGAACUCAGCAUUGUAGAAUGUAUGUGUGUUGAAUCGUCCUACCCCUAACAUAUUCUAUGGAUUUCGUGGCGUAGAAAUAUCUUAUUCUGUCUUGCCCGUGUCGUCAUGGAAAUGUAGGUCGUCAGGUCGUCGUAAUAGCAACCCCUUCCAACCCUGUACUGUACAUAACAAACAGACAUGUACUUCACACUGGUCGAGAUCUUAAGAUUCGAAAAAUGAGCUCGAAAAUGAGCCUCUAAAGUAAACCAACAUUGUUGAUUGUUUCCCCGCAGAAUAAUACCAGAGCUUCUUUCAAUUGAGAAGGUUUUUUUAAUAACUUGAACAGAAGGCGUCGCUUGUCCUUGUAUCAUAUUGAUAAUGGGCAAUCCUUUUCAAUAUGUUUGUCUGAUUUUGUUUCCUAUAGCCGGUAUGACAUUUUGAUAAAUCCAUUGUAGAUAUUCUCAUUUUAAAUCUGGAAACAUUUUGCUUAAUUCAUCUUAGAGAAUAGGAAAAUAAUCACUAUUUUAGGUCUUCCAGUAAUGAUGCGAUAAGGAAAGCAAACAAGCUUUGAAAGUCAAUGUAUGGGACCGUGGUUUAAAAUAGGGGCAGGAAUGUACGCAGAUUUGUUUCCAUAUUUCAUUUUGAUAAGCUAUGAUAGCUUCAAAGUAAUGCUUCAUUAUGAGGGAAGAUAAGCAAUGGCUUUAUUUUUCAAAGAGAGUUCAAUUUGCUUUGAAUUCUAAGAAAAUGAUAUAUAAAUAUCCAUAAGGUCCAUGAAAGUUUGUUACAUACAGGGGAUGUGAAGGGGGAUGAGUUUUAAUAGGACUGCUAAAGUUAGAUACUUACUUGACAUCUGUUCUUGUAAAUUUACGGACAGAAUUGCAUCAUGGGUAAAUUAAUAUCACUCUAAUGGUAGUCUUGUUUGCCGUUCUCCGAAUGAAUUGUGGGUAAGCGAGGCGACCGUGAUGGAUGCAACUCUGUCUGUGAUAGCUGCUCUGGUCUGGUUUAGAGCUGAUCGUAGUAGUUUGUAGUAAAACAGUCAAUGUUUGUGAACGAGUGUAGAAUCAGUUGUUCAUCUAGACUUAGUCAUGCAUAUCAGAGGAAAGGAGAACGUUUUGUGUUCCUGUGUCAUUCAUUGCAGAUCGUGUCUAAGAGAGAGAGAGAGAGAAAUAGAUUUACUUAUCAGAUAGCCAAAAUAGAUUAUUUAGAUUUUAUGACUAUGUUGCUUCUACCUCAGAUCUGUGUUUACGAAUCAAAGGCUUGUAUUUAGAAGGACAGCUUCUCGUCUGGUUUCAGUUUGAAGAUUUAUAAACAAUCCAGAAAGAUAGAGAGAAUAUAUAUGAUUGUAUGUUUGGGACCAGUACGGUGUGAACUUGAAGUUAACCCUCUUCUGGCCCGAAAUAGACUACUUCAACUUCAACAAUAUCUUUUCAUAUAUAUUGACGGAGAAGCAAACCAUUUGGGGGUUAUAACAACUCACUAACAUUUGUCCUGUUAUGAAAAUAAAGAGGUAUGGUAUAGACUGAACUGAAUACACAGUGAUAAAUAAGACAAUUUUUUUUGUUACUCUGUGUUUAUUCAUUUCAGAAUUUUUUUUCUGGCUUGAUAAACUUACAUGGCCGCCAAGUCUUGUAAUAUCCUGUCAAAAUUGAAAGACCGUGGAAGUAAAAAUGUCUCAUGAUAUUUCCUUUAACUUUUGUAACUUGUGCCAAACUACAGAAGAGAUUUAUUUUAUUUACCCUUUGAAAUAUUUUAAAAGUUGCUUUAUUAUAGAUAAAGUUUGGAUGAAUUGAUUAUGUACCAUGUUUUGUGUUUUAGUAUUAGCAUAUCCCUGGUAGCCCUGCACCAAUCAAAACAUCUCUUGUAGGCCUGAAAUGAAUAUUCAUGACUUCUGUGUUCUUCCUAAUGUAAAGAUUGACCAAAGCAGUUGAUUAGUGGAAUAUUUUGUUCAAUUUGUAAAGGGGCUUUAAUGAAUGAUAUAAAAGAAAGUUGUAGAAGAAUUUCACAGAGUGUAUUACUCCAAUAGACUUAAUUGCUACCUCACAAACCAGUUUGUUUUGCUCAAAAAUACCUCGUUAUAUGGACAUAUAUUAUUUCAUUUUGACCCACGUUUCCCUCAAAAAGAAAUGAAAUACUUUAUCAAGGGUUUUUUUUUUGUUGCCCUAUAACGCUGUACAAAAAAGCUUUGCUUUGGUGCUCAUAUAGAGUAUUUGACUGUGCUGAUCCAAUCAGAACUGAAAUUGGCAAAAUAUACUGCGUUUUUAGUAAAUAUCUCCCGACUGAUUUAUAUGAUGAGUAUCUUCAUAAUAAAUCUAAUUCUUUCAAGUCUCAAAGCAGCUGAAGUGGCUGGAUUGAAUAACACAAUCAUUUGUUCUGUCUUUUAAACAAUUUUGUUAAUAAUUUGAUGUCAUUUUGAAUAGGUUUAUUGUGUUGUAUUCUACCAUCUUAUCAAAGGAGUAUGUGCUGUAUUAUGUACAUAGUGUAAUCUCUAUACAUUAUGCACAACUUAUGUGUUUAUUUUUUAACAAAUAAUUGUAUUGUGAAUAAAACAGUUUUAUAAUUAUGAUAAUGCAUUUCUAUAAUUUCAUGUGUUUAGCUGUUACAUUAAUUUGGUUUUAAUCUGAAUAAGAUUAUGUUGUGUACAGUUUAUUUAUUUGUUAGUAUGUUUUAAUAUUAAUGAAUUUGGACAUAUUAAAACAAAAUUUAAUUGUUUAAAAACAUCAUCUUUACAAAAGGAAACGAUGAUUUGCUUUAUAAUGCUCUCAAUAACUAAAUAUCUCCCCAUUUACAUUGUUUAAAAAAAAAAUCUUUAGAUAUCUUGUUUCUAUCUGUCUGUCUACAUUUUAUUAUCUCUUUCUUGAAAUUUGUCUUCAUCUUUCCUUUUCUAUUUUUCUUCCUUUAUACUCUUAGUUUUUUUUAAAUCUUACCCUUCUCUCUCUCUCUCUCUCUCUGCUCUGUAUCUAAAUAAAGAUCUAAUGUGUACUGGUCCUUCUUGAAUUAAUUUGUUUAAACAAUGUUUUUUAUGAAUAAAUUUUGUAAAAACAUUUUGUUCGCUAAGACAACAACAAUUUCCCCCACCAAAAUAUGUAGUAUUUGUAAGAUGAAUUGAAUUAGUGUAUCAUUUUAGUCAAAUAUGUAUCUAUGUAUCAAAUGAUUAUUCAAAUAUGUUUGUUUUGGAACUCCAAGUGUGCCAUUAUCUCUUCAUUUUAUCCUUCUGUAAAUAUUUCUAUUUCAUUUUUUUCUUAAGAGGUGUUUUGUGAAUCAUACGGGUUAAAAAUAUGUUACAUUGUGGGUUUGUUGGGCAGGCGAGGGCGCUGUUUGCUUGGAAUGCUCCUCAGUUUAUCAUCUUUAGCCAAAGUGCGUUAACCCUUCUGACCUGCUGCUCACAAAAUAAGAGGGCUCAACAGAAUGCGCUCAAAUGUGUUUUUUUUUUAGACGGCCCUCAUGUAUGCCAGCAUCAAUUUUCCAAUGACCAACACAUUUAUAAAUGCAUUGAUCAUGAAAAUGUUAUUGUUUUAUUCAUUAAUCAUGAAUAAUUUAUCAAGCGCUUUAAAUUAGUCCCACCUAUAAAAUAACAUGUACUUAAUUAAUGAUUACCAUGGUGCAUGGACAUUAACUCUCAGUUUUGCUUCAAAAUAUGAGCAUAUUGUAAUAUGAUGCAUUAAUAAUUUUGUUUAAUAAUUCAAUAACUACACACAUUAAUUUUUGUUUGUACAAUUUGUAUCACAUGAAACUACAGUAUUUUGAUAACACAAUUGAACAUUGAAUUCCAUUUUCUAAAGAGAAGUUUCAUUUGUUUCAUUUUUGUAUUUUUUCUUUGAAUUUAUAGGAUACCGUAAUAGGAAACUGGUGCUUAUUAACCUACACCAAAAGAUGAGUGAGAUUUUUAAAAUAAUUUUUCCAUUUGAAAAUUUGUAAGGCUCAAAUAUGAAGCAAAGAGGGUCAUGUCAUAUUGAUGUGUAAUACUGUAUGGGGUGCUAUACUGCUUGUUUUACUUAACUAGGAUUAUUUUGUUGUAUUGCCAAAGUUAGUCUUUUUCCAGUCAUUGAAUGGUAAAGAAUAACAUCACAGAAAUGUUUCUGGAGGUUGCUAUAAACUGAGCGCUAAUUUCUCCUAUAAAUUAAAUUGAGUCUACAAGAAAGAGAAAUUGACUCACUUCAGUUUUACUUUUACAGCAAUGAAUAUACCAUUCAAUGCCUGGAAGAAGACUGAAGUAUAAAACCUUAACGACAGAGGGCGUAAUCGAUGAUCAGACUCGGAGCCAGUGAGUUUGGCCAAAUAGGUUUCUAUCAGGUUUAUAUAAUGACCUAUGUUGCUAUGUUGGACAAGCAAACAAUAAUCAUUCUCUCUCAGAAACCUAUUUACCAAAUUCUCUGAUUCUGGGCAUGAUUAUUUUUACAUUAUUGGACCGCAUUAUGCCCUCUCGAUCCAAGCAAGCCGUUAUGUAAUAUUUAUAUUGUCAGCUUACUCAACCUUAUAUUUUGUUUUACUCAUAUUAAGUCAGUUUAAUGGCAUUAUUUGUGAAUAUAGUUUUUCUGUUUAUUUGCUCUCCCUAAAAAGAAAGAUGAUCUGAUGUAUCUGUUAACUGUAGAAUGAUUGUAUUUGUGCUGCCAUAGGCUCAUCUGUAUUCUUCUCUUCAUCAUGGGAGGACAAAAUAUGAAAAGAAAAUGACAUUAAAAAAAAAUGAAUAAAAGUGACAGAGUAUGAAAA